AUGGAGCGGAGCGGGGCGGCGGGGGGAUGGGUGCCCAUGUGCCAACGCGUCCUGCCGGCCCACGCCAACCACCGCGGGGAGCUGAGCGCCGGGCAGCUCCUCAAGUGGAUGGACGCCACCGCCUGCCUGGCAGCUGAGAAACAUGCUGGUGUGUCUUGUGUGACAGCAUCUAUGGAUGACAUACAGUUUGAAGAGGCUGCCAGAGUUGGACAAGUUAUUACCAUCAAAGCAAAGGUGAACAGAGCAUUCAAAACCAGCAUGGAGGUUGGCAUCAACAUUACAGUGCAGGAUGUUUUGACUAAUAUUGAAAAAAUUGUGAGUGUGGCAUAUGCAACGUAUGUAGUCAAGCCAGUUGGUCCUGAAAAGAUUGAAUUAGAACCUGUAAAGCUUCUGUCUGCAGAAGACCAUCUGGAGCAUGCCCUGGCUACUGAAAGGAAAAGAAUCCGACUGGGCUAUCAAGAGGUUUUUCAGAACCUAAUGCAGGAGAGUAAUAAAGAAGAAACUUUUGAAGAGGAAGAUACGAUUUCAGCUGACCUUACUCAUGUACAAAGUAUUGAGCUUGUCCAACCUCCUCAUGCAAACCAUCAUGGAAACACUUUUGGUGGUCAGAUCAUGGCUUGGAUGGAGACAGUGGCAAGUAUUUCAGCAAGUCGCCUUUGUCGUUCAUAUCCCAUCUUGAAAUCUGUCAGUAUGUUUAAGUUCUGGGGUCCAUCUGUUGUGGGUGACCGCCUUGUCUUCAAUGCAAUUGUGAACAAUACAUUUCAAAAUAGUGUGGAGGUUGGUGUUCGCGUCGAGGCUUAUAACUGUGAAGAAUGGAUCAAGAACCAAGCACGACAUAUUAACAGUGCAUAUCUCAUUUUUAACUCCAUGAAUGACAAAGGCGAGCUGCUCACUUUCCCCAAAAUCAAACCUAUUACUAAGGACAGUGUGCGACGAUACCAUGGAGCUAUUGCCCGAACGAGAAUUCGACUAGCCAGAAAAUACAUGUUGUCCGCUAAAGAAGACAAACCUUAUGAUCUGUGGGAGAAAAGCAACCAGGCAUAUAUGAGUUACAGCAAUAUAGCUACACUGACAUACCUGGCAGCAAAAACGGGAUGGGAAGUAACCAGUACACUGAAUAACAUAAAAAUAUGGACCCGUGAGGAUGGUGAUGUCUUGUCAUUCAAAGUAGAAAUGCAAGUGAAGACAGCAUCACAUGUAGCUUUCUCCCUUUUGUCUGACUUCACAUACUGCCAGCAAUGGGACAAACAUUUCUUAACUUGCGAAGUCCUACAGGCUGUGAGUGAAGAGGACAAAAUAUAUUACGUUACCUCACCACCUCCACACAUGAGUGGCCAUCAGCCCAGGGACUUUGUGAUUCUUGUGUCUCGAAGGCAACCUCUUGAGCCCAGUGAACCAUACAUAGUAGCUGUGAAGUCAGUAACCCUGACAUCUGUGCCACUUUCUUCUGAACACUGCAGAAGUGAAAUCCUGUGUGCUGGAUUCCAGAUCUACAGUGACAGCAGCAGCUCCUGUAGGGUGUACUACUUCAAUCAAAUGACAUCAAGUCUUACGCCUUACUUAGCUGCAGGUCUUACUGGCUCAUUAAACACCAUUGAAGACACAGCUUUGGAGUGUAUUAAGUUCUUGGAGCUGAAGGGCAGCAAGUGCUGAAGUUAACACAAAGUUGUGAAAAGAGUGUGAGAAACUGUCAAGCAGUAUUAAUUUAAGUUUUUGCAUAUGUGUUAAUUGUUCUACAAGUUACUUUGAGUCAUGCAGCUGACAGUGGACUAGAGCUGGAUUUUGUGUCAAAUUAGGAUUAGACUGCAUGCUCUAAAUUCAAGUUUUCUAUUAAAAAAAAGAUU